UCACACACAACAUUUCUACCUCCGUCACCAACUAUUCCCAUUGUCGCUCUAUCCAUUUUUCUCAUCAAUCCCAGUCAAAGCUCGCUUCAACUCCUCAUUUUCCUCUUUUCCAAUCCGUUGAUUGUUUUGUCUGCGUAGAUUCGUCGCUUAUGCCUUUGGAUUAGAUGUUUCAGUUUGCAGUUUAUCGCGCGGGAUUAAUCUCUUUCAAUGUUAUUGCCGAUACUUCAGUUUAUGCUAAUUCGAGAUUUUUCGUGUAGCUGGAUGGUCAGUUUGUGAAAAUCUAAGCUGUGGUUAGUUUUUGGCUUUAAUGCUUGAUGUGUGCGAGUUAUUGUGCUAAUCAUGUUGACUCGUUUGAGAAUUUGGAUUUGGGAAUUUAGUUGAGUUUUGAUGUGUGGUUUGUUUGACCUAAGCUACAUUGGAUUUGGCUUUGUUAAUUUAGUUGGUGGUGAUGGAUUAGGAAGCUGAAAUAUUAGGGUUGAAUUUGUAUGGUGAUUUAGAAGUUUGUUUAUUUGGGGGAAAUGGAUGUUUGGGUGGUUGCUGCAGCUGCUGGUGCUGGCUAUGUAGUUCAACGUCUCAAGAAUCUCGGUGGGGGUAAGAAUAAAUGGGUAGAUUUGUCGUCUGAGAAUCUUAACGGUGUUAAAACUAAGUCCUCCGGUAGCAGACACAGGCUCGGGGACAAGACCGGUCCAUUUAAUAGUGUGUUGUCGAGGAAAAGUAAUGGGGAGGAAAUGUCCAACAGAGAACGAGACAAGGGUUGUGAAGCUGUUUCUGACCUUGAAAUCACUUCUACUAGUGGAUAUGAAGAUGAUAACAUGGUAAUGGGAAGUUCUUUAGCUCAGAAUCCAGACGUUGAAGACGCUCAAGGGGAUUUGGAAAGUAGAUUACCUUUCGACAGUAGUGGAGGUUUUGCUAGUGAUAUAUCGCCUCGUCGUUUAUCAAGUGAGAUAGUGUUUUCCUCUAGUUCUAGUAGGAGAAGGAGAAGUGGCCUGAAGAGUCGGAGAUUUGAUAGUCAAUCCAUAAAGCCACAGACUUCUCUCCAGAGUUGUCUUAUGGCCCAGUUGUACGAGGAAUGCGAUGAAAGUGAAGAAUAUGCGCGCAAUUCAUUGGGGAAACCACGUUUGAGGCCAUUUCUUGUCACUGAUGGAAGUAGGAUAAUUAGCACGGCACCGUGUGAAUCCCUCACUGAACCAAUUGGAACAGCAGGAGGGGAACGGUGGGUAAGGAAGGAUGGGUACUCACAAGUAAAUUCGGCUGUAUGUGGCAUUCCAGCACUGCCUAAUAUCGAACCUGCAGAGUUUGGGAAGAGAGCUAAAACAAGAGAGAAACAGAAGCAUGUGUUUCAAGGAAUUCACUCUAGCAAAGCUUCCCAUGGUGAUCACCACGCCAAUGCACAAGGACCAUCCAACAGGGCUCUUCUUUUCUAUUUCGGGCUAACGUUGGGUGUAGUAUCUUCUUUCAUGGCAAACAAACAAGAAGUCGAACGGAUGAAAAGCUUGUUGAAGCAGAAUGAGAAUCUGGUCCAAGAUCUACAGGAGGAACUUGAGAUGAAAGAUUCCUUAACUGUAAAGGAGCUUGCUACGAAUAAUUACGAAUCAAAUGAUGUACAUGUUGAUUAUUGCACCAAUGAUACAGUGCUUCCUUCAUCUCUCAAAGAGAAAUUUGAUGAAGAGUCUUGCCAUGAGAAACCCGAGGAGCAAUCAUUAUAUGCAAUCGAAGCAGAGCUUGAAGUGGAGUUGCAGAGAUUGGAAUCAAGCAUGAAUUCAUCCAGUUUGGAAGGGAAACUUUACAAUCUAUCAGGGUUUGAUCCAGACUUUGUAUCAGAUUUUCACGAGGGAAAGUUGAGGUCUCGCUCGUUUGCUGCCGAGUUUCAUGGUGAGAGUGAUGAAAGCCGAAGCUCCACCCCACGCUCUUGCCCCUAUCCAGUGUCCCCUAGAGAGCUGAGUUUGCGUCUGCAUCAAGUCAUCCAAUCAAGACUAGAAGAUCGGAUAAAGGAGCUUGAGACGGCGCUUCAGAACAGUCAGCAGAAGUCGAAGUACAUGGGAUCCAAGCAUGUCCAUCCCUGGAGAGAGCUAUCAGGCUCUGGAACACAAAACUCUUCUACACGCGACAGCCCAAUUGCUAGAAGCGGACACGAGUCCAUGGAUGAACCUGUCGUCAUCAGUUUAUCAGGGGAAGCACUGGCUGCCUACAAUGAGGCCUAUGAAGUGUUCACAAAGGUCUCUGAGUCAGACGACGAAGAUUUCCAAGCUGGGUUCGAGAAUGGAUAUCAUGCCGAGUAUGAUUUGAAUGAGGUUCAGGAAACGGUGUUUGAUCAGCGAACGGAGGAAGAUCUUUAUUCACCGCAGAACAAUGCCUUGGGCUGCAGAAGGGACGAAAGCGAAGAUUGUGACGAGGACGACGAGAUAGAGAGACUGCUGAUAAAGCAAAUAGUAGAGAAGGCUAAACAAGGCUCUCCUGCAGUUUUGAAAGCUCAGAGAGAAUUUUUGUUGUUGAAUAUUGAAAAUGAGCAUUGACAUAAAGAGUAAUAGAGGCUAAUCUGCAUAAAGUUUAAUUACUGA